AUGGCCUCCACCGUGGGACAGACCAUCACCUGCAAAGCCGCCAUCGCCUGGGGCGCUGGUGAACCCCUUUCCAUCGAGGACGUCGAGGUCGCUCCUCCCAAGGCCCAUGAGGUCCGCAUUCAGAUUCACCACACCGGUGUCUGCCACACAGACGCCUACACUCUCUCCGGCAAGGACCCCGAAGGUGCCUUUCCCAUCGUCCUCGGUCACGAAGGUGCCGGUGUCGUCGAAUCCGUCGGUGAGGGCGUCACCUCCGUCAAGCCCGGUGACUAUGUCGUCGCCCUGUACACCCCCGAAUGCCGUGAAUGCAAGUUCUGCAAGUCCGGCAAGACCAACCUCUGCGGCAAGAUCCGCGCUACCCAGGGUAAGGGUGUGAUGCCUGAUGGUACCUCGCGCUUCAAGGCCCGUGGCCAGGACAUCCUGCACUUCAUGGGUACCUCUACCUUCUCCCAGUACACUGUUGUCGCCGAUAUCUCGGUUGUGGCUGUUACCCCGAAGAUUUCGACCGACCGCUCGUGUCUGCUGGGAUGCGGUAUCACCACCGGUUACGGUGCUGCCGUCGUGACUGCCGGUGUUGAGGAGGGCUCGAACAUCGCCGUUUUCGGUGCUGGAUGUGUCGGUCUGUCGGUCAUCCAGGGUGCCGUCAAGAACAAGGCUGGCAAGAUCAUCGUCGUCGAUGUCAACGACGGCAAGGAGGCCUGGGCUCGCAAGUUCGGUGCCACCGACUUUGUCAACCCCACCAAGCUCAACGGCAAGACCAUCCAGGAACAGCUGAUCGACAUGACCGACGGUGGCUGUGAUUACACCUUUGACUGCACUGGUAACGUGGGUGUGAUGCGUGCUGCUCUCGAAGCCUGCCACAAGGGCUGGGGUGAGAGCAUUAUCAUUGGUGUUGCUGCUGCUGGUCAAGAGAUUUCCACGAGACCCUUCCAACUCGUCACCGGCCGUGUGUGGAAGGGAUGCGCAUUCGGAGGUAUUAAGGGACGUAGCCAGCUGCCCGGAUUGGUUGACGACUACCUGAACGGCCAGCUGAUGGUUGACGAAUUCAUCACUCACCGCCAGCCUCUGUCCAACAUCAACGGGGCAUUCGAACAAAUGAAGGAGGGUGACUGUGUUCGUUGUGUUGUUGACAUGUCGUAA